GAGUAAUGACAGUCAUGGUUUUGCAUAGACAUGUUGUUCUAGGAGAGGUUCAGCAGCAGCUGCCCGUUUGCAUUCAUGCUCUUGUUGGCAAUUGAAGUUAUGCAAAGCUCCAAAUGCAUGGUCAUGAUAUGUAUAACAGCCUCCUCUACUUACCCUUUCUCCAAAAGUCUAGCAAAUCUGUUCCCUGAGAGGGGGCUGCUAGUGACAUCACUAGGGACGACUUCCUUGGCUUCAGUAGUCGCAACAAGCACUGUGCAAACCAAUAAUGCUGAAGGGGUGGGAAUAGCACAGGAGACAGUGCUCAUCUGCCUGGGAGGCACCUUUUAUCUCUCUGCCUCCUGCUUUCCCCUAGCCCAGCUAUUGUUUUCAUUCACAGCCCCCCAGCUCCAGCUCCUGGAAAGGUGUCUGGCUUUGUCAUUGACGCUGCUGUUGCUGUGCUGCUGCGUUCUGUCGUGCGCGACAUUUUUCUUCCUCCUCCUUCUAUAGCUGCAACUGUCAGAAUCCAGGAGGGACACGCCUGGCACAAGGGGAACACAGAAAGGAUCUCGCUGGAGGGGAGGGGGGGAAUACAAAAAAAAACACACACAGACCGAGGACAGAGAAAAGGGAGAAAUCUCAUUCAGCUGUGGAAUAAAACACUUACAGGCGUCUGGAUGGACCGAACCUAGAGGCUCUGCUUUCCCUGAUCCAGAGGGAGGCGAGGCGUCUCUGCUCGGAUUUCCAUUAUGAAAGUAGCAAAGCAGUAAAUUAAAAGGUGCAGGAUGAAAAGAUGGCGCAGGCACGACUUGUACCACCCGGACCUGACAGCAUCCGCUACUUUACCAGGGAAUCUCUUGAAGCUAUCGAGAAGCGCAUCACAGAGGAAAAAGCUAAAAAGCCCAAACAGGAACACAGAGAUGAUGACGAUGAAAAUGGCCCCAAGCCAAGCAGUGACUUGGAAGCAGGCAAAAGUCUGCCAUUUAUAUAUGGAGACAUACCUCCGGGAAUGGUAUCAGAGCCACUGGAGGACCUAGAUCCUUAUUACAUGAAUCAGAAAACUUUUAUAGUAUUGAAUAGAGGGAAGGCAAUCUUCCGCUUCAGUGCCACAUCUGCCUUGUACAUUUUAACUCCUUUCAAUCCUCUUAGAAAAAUAGCUAUUAAGGUUUUAGUACAUUCAUUAUUCAGCAUGCUCAUUAUGUGCACUAUUCUGACCAACUGCGUCUUCAUGACAAUGAGCAAUCCUCCAGAAUGGGCCAAGAAUGUAGAGUACACAUUCACUGGGAUUUAUACUUUCGAAUCUCUUAUAAAAAUUCUUGCAAGAGGUUUCUGUUUAGAAAAAUUUACCUUUCUUCGAGACCCAUGGAACUGGCUUGAUUUCAGUGUCAUUGUGAUGGCGUAUGUAACAGAAUUUGUAAACCUAGGCAAUGUUUCAGCUCUUCGAACUUUCAGAGUAUUGAGAGCUUUGAAAACUAUUUCUGUAAUUCCAGGCCUGAAGACCAUCGUGGGUGCACUGAUUCAGUCGGUUAAGAAGCUUUCGGAUGUUAUGAUUCUCACAGUGUUUUGCCUCAGUGUGUUUGCACUAAUAGGACUGCAGCUUUUCAUGGGUCACCUGAGGAAUAAAUGUCUGCAAUGGCCACCAACUGACUAUUUCCCUUUAAUAGAUAUUUCUCCCAUCUUGAAUGGCACAAUGAACAUACAUGACCCUUUUGGUAACACAACAAACAGCACAUUUGACUGGGAAGAAUAUAUUAGAGAUCAAAGUCAUUUUUACAAGCUGGAAGGACAGAAAGACUUCUUGCUCUGUGGUAACUCCUCUGAUUCAGGACAAUGCCCAAAAGGAUAUAUUUGUGUAAAAACCGGUAAAAACCCUAAUUAUGGCUACACAAGCUUUGAUACCUUCAGCUGGGCAUUCUUGUCUCUCUUUCGGUUAAUGACCCAAGACUACUGGGAGAAUUUAUAUCAACUGACACUACGAGCUGCUGGUAAAACGUACAUGAUCUUUUUUGUGCUGGUGAUUUUCCUGGGUUCUUUCUACUUGGUAAACUUGAUAUUGGCUGUGGUGGCCAUGGCUUAUGAAGAGCAGAAUCAGGCAACAUUAGAAGAAGCAGAGCAGAAAGAAGCAGAAUUCCAGCAGAUGCUUGAACAGUUGAAAAAACAACAAGAAGAAGCACAGGCAGCAGCUGUAGCAGCAUUAAACAUGUCUAGAGAGUACAGUGAAGAAGGUGGAUUCGGACCCCUCUCAGAAAGUUCUUCUGAGGCCUCAAAAUUAAGCUCAAAAAGUGCCAAAGACAGAAGAAACAGGAAAAAGAAAAGAAAACAAAAAGAACUGGGUGAAGAAUAUGAAAAGGGGGAUGAUGAGAAGUUUCCUAAGUCGGAAUCAGAAACAAGCAUCAAAAGGAAAGGCUUCCGUUUCUCUAUCGAAGGAAACCGGCUUACUUAUGAAAAUAAGUUUUCUUCCCCACACCAGUCACUGCUAAGCAUCCGAGGGUCUUUGUUCUCACCAAGGCGAAAUAGCAGAGCAAGCUUGUUCAGUUUUAGAAAUCGUGCAAAGGAUGUAGGAUCAGAAAAUGACUUUGCAGAUGAUGAGCACAGCACAUUUGAGGACAGUGAGAGCCGAAGGGGCUCUUUAUUCAUUCCAAACAGACAUGGAGAACGACGGAACAGUAAUAUAAGUCAAGUCAGUAAGUCAUCGAAGACCAUAACAGUGCUUCCAGCAAAUGGGAAGAUGCACAGCACAGUGGACUGCAAUGGAGUGGUCUCUCUACUUGGUGGCCCAUCCGUUCCAACUUCUCCUGUGGGACUGCUUCUGCCAGAGGUGAUAGUAGAUAAGCCAGCUUCUGAUGACAAUGGCACAGCUACAGAGACAGAUAUCCGGAAAAGACGGUCAAGUUGUUACCAAGUCCCCAUGGAUCUGCUGGAAAAUCCGACUACUAGGCAAAGAGCACUUAGCAUUGCCAGUAUUUUGACAAACACAGUUGAAGAACUUGAAGAGUCCAGACAGAAAUGCCCUCCAUGCUGGUAUAAAUUUGCAAACACUUUUCUUAUUUGGGACUGCUGCGAAAAUUGGCUUACAGUUAAGCACAUUGUGAAGUUAAUUGUGAUGGACCCAAUUGUCGACCUAGCAAUUACCAUCUGCAUUGUUUUAAAUACAUUGUUUAUGGCCAUGGAGCAUUAUCCAAUGACCAAGGAAUUUAACGAUGUUCUGUCAAUAGGAAAUCUGGUUUUUACAGGAAUCUUUACAGCUGAAAUGGUUUUUAAGCUCAUUGCCCUGGAUCCAUACUAUUAUUUUCAAGAGGGUUGGAACAUUUUUGAUGGCAUCAUUGUGAGCCUUAGUUUAAUGGAGUUGGGCCUUGCAAAUGUGGAAGGAUUAUCAGUACUUCGCUCAUUCCGAUUGCUCCGUGUGUUUAAGUUGGCAAAAUCCUGGCCUACACUGAACAUGCUGAUAAAGAUAAUUGGCAAUUCUGUAGGAGCUUUGGGAAACCUGACCCUGGUGUUGGCCAUCAUCGUCUUUAUUUUUGCCGUGGUUGGGAUGCAGCUGUUUGGUAAAAGUUACAAGGAAUGUGUCUGCAAAAUUGCAGAAAACUGUGAGCUUCCUCGCUGGCACAUGAAUGACUUCUUCCACUCCUUCCUUAUUGUGUUUCGAGUGCUCUGUGGGGAAUGGAUUGAAACCAUGUGGGACUGUAUGGAGGUUGCAGGACAAUCCAUGUGCCUCCUCGUAUUUAUGCUAGUGAUGGUUAUUGGAAACUUAGUGGUUUUGAAUUUGUUCCUGGCCUUGCUUUUGAGCUCCUUUAGCUCAGACAACCUCACAGCCACAGAUGAUGACAACGAAAUGAACAAUCUCCAGAUUGCUGUGGGAAGGAUACAAGGGGGAAUAGAUUAUGUCAAAAGAACAAUUCGAGAAUGCAUCCAGAAAGCUUUUGUUAAGAAGCAAAAAGGUCUAGAUGAAAUCAAACCACUGGAGGAGCUUCACUACAAAAAGGAAAGCUGCUUAUUCAACCAUAAUGCAGUCGAAAUAAAUAAAGUCCUUGAUUAUCACAAAGGAGACAAUGGGACAACUAGCGGAGUAGGCAGCAGUGUUGAAAAGUACAUUAUUGAUGAAAACGAUUAUAUGUCAUUUAUACACAACCCCAGCCUAACCGUAACAGUGCCCAUUGCAGUUGGGGAAUCGGAUUUUGAAAACUUGAAUACAGAGGACUUCAGUAGUGAGUCUGAUCUGGAAGAAAGUAAAGAGAAGCUAAAUAUGACAAGUUCAUCUGAAGGCAGCACCGUUGAUAUCAGGCCACCAGGGGUAGUGGUGGAAGGAGAGGGGGAACCAAUAGAGAUAGAAUGUGAGGAAGAUAUGGAACCAGAUGCCUGUUUUACAGAAGGUUGUGUCAAGAGAUUCCCAAUUUGCUAUGUUAACAUUGAGGAAAAUAAAGGGAAAUUAUGGUGGACAUUUAGAAAAACCUGCUUUACCAUUGUUGAACAUAACUGGUUUGAAACCUUUAUUAUUUUUAUGAUUCUUCUCAGCAGUGGAGCUCUGGCUUUUGAAGACAUCUACAUUGAACAACGCAAAACAAUUAAGACAAUGUUGGAAUAUGCAGAUAAAGUAUUCACCUACAUAUUUAUCCUAGAAAUGCUUCUGAAAUGGGUGGCAUAUGGUUUUGUGAAAUAUUUCACCAAUGCCUGGUGCUGGCUAGACUUCCUGAUUGUUGAUGUUUCUCUUGUUAGCUUAAUAGCGAAUGCACUGGGAUAUUCAGAACUAGGUGCUAUUAAGUCUCUUAGGACACUAAGGGCACUGAGACCUUUAAGAGCCCUCUCACGUUUUGAAGGGAUGAGGGUGGUUGUGAAUGCCCUAAUUGGCGCUAUUCCAUCCAUCAUGAACGUGCUGCUCGUUUGUCUUAUAUUCUGGCUGAUUUUCAGUAUCAUGGGGGUAAAUCUAUUUGCUGGCAAAUAUUACCAUUGUGUCAAUACAACAACUGGUGAAAUGUUCGAUGAUACUCAAGUUAGCAACAGAUCUGAUUGUCUACAUUUGAAUGAAAGUGCCCGAUGGAAGAACGUCAAAGUGAAUUUUGACAACGUAGCUGCUGGAUACCUUGCAUUGCUUCAAGUGGCAACAUUUAAAGGCUGGAUGGAUAUUAUGUAUGCAGCAGUUGACUCAAGAAAGGUAGAAGAGCAGCCACGUUACGAAGACAACCUUUAUAUGUACUUAUACUUUGUUAUCUUCAUUAUCUUUGGCUCUUUCUUCACUCUUAACCUCUUCAUUGGUGUUAUUAUUGACAACUUCAAUCAGCAGAAGAAAAAGUUUGGAGGUCAAGACAUCUUUAUGACAGAGGAGCAAAAGAAAUAUUAUAAUGCAAUGAAAAAGCUUGGAUCAAAGAAACCCCAGAAGCCCAUCCCCCGACCACCAAAUAAAUACCAAGGCUUAGUCUUUGAUUUUGUGACAAAACAAGCAUUUGAUAUCACCAUCAUGAUCCUUAUUUGUCUUAACAUGGUAACAAUGAUGAUUGAAACAGAUGAGCAAAGUGAUGACAUGGAAAACAACUUGUAUUGGAUCAAUUUGGUCUUUAUUAUCCUUUUCACUACUGAAAGUAUUCUCAAACUGAUCUCUCUGCGCUAUUAUUACUUCACUAUCGGCUGGAAUAUCUUUGAUUUUGUUGUUGUCAUUCUCUCCAUUGUAGGUAUGUUCUUGGCAGACAUGAUUGAAAAAUAUUUUGUUUCCCCAACUUUAUUCAGAGUUAUUCGACUUGCUCGAAUUGGGAGAAUUUUACGUCUCAUCAAGGGAGCAAAGGGUAUUCGUACAUUGCUGUUUGCUUUGAUGAUGUCACUCCCUGCAUUGUUCAAUAUUGGCCUCCUGCUUUUCUUGGUUAUGUUUAUUUAUGCUAUUUUUGGAAUGUCCAACUUUGCCUAUGUGAAGAAAGAAUCUGGCAUUGAUGACAUGUUCAACUUUGAGACUUUUGGAAACAGUAUGAUCUGCUUAUUCCAGAUCACAACAUCAGCUGGGUGGGAUGGUUUAUUGGCACCCAUUCUUAACAGUGGAGCACCAGACUGUGAUCCACAAAUGGAACAUCCUGGAAGCUCCGUCAGAGGUGAUUGUGGCAAUCCAUCAGUUGGGAUUUUCUUUUUUGUUAGCUAUAUAAUAAUAUCAUUUUUAGUGGUGGUAAACAUGUAUAUUGCUGUUAUUUUGGAAAACUUCAGUGUUGCUACUGAAGAAAGUGCUGAACCACUUGGAGAAGAUGACUUUGAAAUGUUUUAUGAAGUAUGGGAAAAGUUUGACCCUGAUGCAACACAGUUUAUCGAGUAUAGCAAGUUAUCUAAUUUUGCUGAUGCCCUGGAUCCACCUCUACGCAUAGCUAAGCCCAAUAGAGUUCAGCUAAUUGCUAUGGAUCUCCCGAUGGUAAGUGGAGACAGAAUUCACUGCCUAGACAUUUUGUUUGCCUUUACAAAACGUGUCUUGGGUGAAGGUGAUGAAAUGGAUGCUUUACGGCUACCAAUGGAAGAACGUUUUAUGGCAUCCAAUCCAUCAAAAGCCUCUUAUGAACCAAUUACGUCCACUUUACGACGAAAGCAAGAGGAAUUGUCUGUCAUUAUUAUUCAACGUUGUUUCAGAAAGUAUCUAUUAAGAAAAACAAUUAAAAAAGCUUCUUAUUUAUAUAAGAAAAAUAAACUUGCAGUAAAUAGCUUGCCUAUUAAAGAAGACAUGGUUAUUGACAAGCUUAAUGGAAAUUCUACCACAGAGAAGACAGACAUGACUCCCUCGACCACUUCACCUCCAUCGUAUGAUAGCGUGACAAAGCCAGAAAAAGAGAAACAUGAAAAGGACAAAGUUGAAAAGGAAAACAAAAGCAAAGAUGCCAGGGAAAAUAAAAAAUGAAACUGCACAUUUUCAUUUUCGUGAUAUAUUGUUUACAGCCUGUGAAGAUGACCCAUUUGUGUCAACAGGACUCCUGUAGGAGAUCUAUGCCAAACUGACAGUUGUAACAUAUAUGUACUCAAGGUCAGUGCCUCUAAAACAGUGACCUCUUGUCAAGUGAUACUAUAACAACCUUGACUGGUGGUUACUGUUUUCACAACCAGUUGACACUUUACAUAUGAAGAGUCAUGAUGGCUCCUUAACCUGUUGGGACCAGUUAAGGUAAUGCAAACCUAUAAUGUUUGUGUGUUUCACAUAAAACACUGUAGUACAAUAUUUGUGUCCACAGUUUGCAUUUCCACUGCUAUACUUGCCAUAUGUUUACAAAGAAAAUGUGUUAGUGAAUUAACCAUUUUUAUUUCAUUUGUAGACUGUUUAUUUAUAUAUAUGUGAAUAUUUUUGUAAAUGGGUUUUACAGUAAGUGGGGUUAGUGCAAACUUUUAAGGGGAAACGGUAAGUCAAGGUAAAACAGAGAUGACCACACACUGUAUAUGUGAAGAUGGAAAACACAGAAAUGCACACAGCUUCUAUAUUUUGAAAAAAACAUUUGUCACUCCCAAAUUACUAGAGCACAUAAGCACCGUAAUUUAGAUUAAAGGAAUUUCUGCAUCCAAAAUCAAAAGAGGCUCCAUUUUGUCUACUUUUUAAAUAUAUUUAAGUUAUUAAUUUCCAAAUAGCAAUAUAUUUUAAUACACCUCUUAUUUCCAUAAUUAUUUAAUGCCCAGCAAAGUAUGUUAUGUUUUAUUGUUUACAAAAUAUGCUUGCACAUUUAUAUCUCGUCAAUUGUGAAACUCAUAAAGGCAUGGGCCCUAGAAGAGAUGAAAUAUAUCCAAUAAAAUGUAUAGGAAAAGGUAUUAUUUUUAUGAAUAAGAAUCAAACAUUACAUAAGGUGACAUGGAGUGCAUAUCUUCUAGUUUUCAGAGAGAUAAUAAAUAUACUAUAAAUACUGAUUAAACUUAAUAAACAAGUGCAAUGAAUCAUUAUCUCAUGAACAUUUAUUUAAUGAUCAACAUAGUUAUGUGAGGAGAGCUCCUAUGUUUUUUAUAUAACUACUGUAUAUUUGGAAAGCUAUUAUGGUUGAAAAUAUGAAAUUGAAAAUAUCAUUGACUAUGUGCAAAACAAUCAUUAAAUGAGAACAAAACAUAUCUAUAUAUUUACAACCUGGUAAUAAUCAGUCGAAUAAGUGAUCAACCGCGCAAUUUAAAAAAAAAAUAUUUGGAAUAAACACUUCCACCAUUGUAUUGUUUCAUACUUGAGUUUUGCGCAAAGUAUUUUCGAAACUUUGGAAAUUCAUGAAAUGCUUAUUAACAGACUGGAUAAUGUGGUAACAGAUAAAAUGCUGUUUUAAUGCAAUGUUUUAUGUUGACAAAACACAUAUUGAUAGAAGGUGUGAAGUUGAAGGUAUGUGCAACUGAAACACUACUGUGACUCAAACAUGAAUCUGAUGAAUUCGUACAAGAAGUAAGGAGAAUUUAUGCUAAUAAAUGGGUGUCUUCCCUC